UUUAUUAUUGCCGCUCUUCUGUCCCGCGCUCACAGGCAGGUACGCGGGUCCAUGCACACGCAUGUGUGUACAUAGCACAUGCAUGUGUACACAUGGCACGUGCAUGUGUGUACAUAGCACAUGCACGUGUGCACAUGGCACACGCGGUGCGCCCCGGCAGCCGCGGCCGGGCGUGCGGGGGCGGGCCCGCCGGCGGAGCGGCCUUUACCUCCCUGCGCCCGCCCGCACCCCCCCGAUUUCAUUUUCUACCUCCCUUGUAUUACUCCCCCCCCCUUUUUUUUUCUUUUUUUUUUUUUUUUUUCCCGUUCGUUGCUCGCCGCGGUGUACGUUAACACGCGGUGACAAUUCCUUCUGCAGGCCAUGUCGUCCGUCAGGAUCGAGUGCGUGGCCAAGGAGGGCUGCAGGAUCGGGGAGUCGCCCGUGUGGGACGAGAAGGAGAACGCGCUGCUGUACGUGGACAUCACGGGCAGGAAGGUGUGCCGCUGGAGCCCGGUCACCAAGCAAGCUCAGGCCAUUCCUGUGGAUGCUCCUGUGAGCUCCGUGGCUCUCCGGCAGUCUGGGGAUUAUGUCAUCACCCUAGGAACCAGGUUUGCUGCUUUGAAAUGGAAAGAGGAGCUGGUAACCACCAUUACUCAAGUGGACGAGGAUAAAUCAAAUACCCGAUUCAAUGAUGGGAAGGUGGAUCCUGCUGGGAGGUAUUUUGCAGGUACAAUGGCAGAGGAGAUUCGUCCUGCUGUGCUGGAGAGACACCAGGGCUCUCUGUACACGCUCUUCCCCGACCUCUCCGUGGUGAAGCACUUUGACCAGGUGGACAUUUCUAAUGGGCUGGACUGGUCGCUGGAUCACAGAACCUUCUUUUACAUUGAUAGCUUGUCCUACUCGGUGGAUGCCUUUGAUUAUGACCUCCAAACUGGAAAAAUUGGCAACCGUAGGAGUAUAUACAAACUGGAAAAAGAGGAGAGCAUUCCUGAUGGGAUGUGCAUUGACACAGAAGGCAAACUCUGGGUGGCUUGUUAUGAUGGUGGGAGAGUGAUUCGCCUUGAUCCUGAGACAGGAAAAAGACUCCAGACUGUGAAACUUCCCGUAGACAAAACAACUUCCUGCUGUUUUGGAGGAAAGGAUUAUUCAGAAAUGUAUGUGACUUCUGCCAGUGAUGGGAUGGAUAAAGAGUGGCUUUCACGGCAACCACAGGCUGGUGGGGUUUUCAAGAUAACAGGACUGGGGGUAAAAGGACUUCCACCACAUCCAUUUGCAGGUUAA